UAAAAGCUACAAUGUUUUUGUUCGUAUUGAAAAUAUCAUUUUUGCUCACCGUUGCAUCAGUAACUGGGAAAUAUGUUGAAUCUGACGACGAACUUCCGGAAUUGGAGUGGCCUAAGAAAUACACCUUCGAAGCCACUAAAGUAUCUUUAACUUCUGCUCUAGUCGAGAAUAUCAAACACUGGCGCUCAACUACAAAAUCUAGAACAGACUAUAACGAUGGCGCUGUCAAAAAAAUAUUUUUAAAGGCCAAGAAAAGGUCUAAAAAACUUCCGUUUGGAGUAAAAUAUGAGAUUCAUCCGGAAACAAGCGAAAAUAAUGAGAAUGAGCUAUUUUGCGUCAGGACGAAGGGAAUACGCUCUGAUUUAGUCACACCAGAAAAUAUAUUACCUGAUCUUAGUAAUUACGACUUCGAGUAUGUUGGCACAGAUUACGUUGACAUGGGAGAAGUAGAAAAGUUUGCUUACGAAGAAGAGGGUAGUAAGAAGUAUUUAUGGGCUUACCUAGAUCGCAAGAAUGGUUCCUGGAUUCCAGUAAGGGUUGAAGAACUUGGAUAUAACGAAUGGUUGGAAAAUUUAAACGAGCAUGUCGUUCUGGAUAUUAUCAAUUUUGAGACACAGUUUGAUUACAGUGUAUUUAGUGUUAAGAAAUAUGACUGUACAGACGCUGAUACCGAUGAAGAAGAAACGAAUAUCGAUGAAUCAAUUUUAGAUUCUGAAAAUGAUGAUGACGUAGAAGUUGCCUUCAAUAAGUUCAAGAAGGAAUAUAACAGACACUAUGCUACCGAAGAUGAGCAUAACAUGCGAAUGAAUAUUUUCCAAAACAACAUGAGAAAAGUUCAGGAGCACAACAGUAAAAAAAGUAGUUUCAAACUAACUCUUAACAAAUUUUCCGACCGCACCCGAGCAGAAAAGCGUAAGAGUAAAGGUCUUAUAAGACGUAAGGCAGGAGAAAAAGGCACUCAUCCAUUCCCAUAUGAUAAGAAGAAAGUUACGGAACUAGCUGAUAGCUUACCAUCGGAAUUUGAUUUGAGACUACUUGGCUAUAUUUCGCCUGUAAGAGAUCAAGAAGGAUGCGGCUCAUGCUGGACAUUUGGUACAACCAGUGCCGUUGAAGGUGCUUUGGCUCGUUCAAAUGGAGGUAGACUGCUAAGGCUUGCUAAUCAAGCACUCGUUGAUUGUGCUUGGGGAUUCGGCGGUAGUGGUUGUGAAGGUGGUAGUGAUACAGCGGCCUACCAUUGGAUGUUGAAGUACGGUCUACCUACAGAAGAAGAAUACGGCCCUUACAAAAAUAGUGAUGGUUUCUGCAGCAUCGAUAAUAUGACCACCCUUUACCCGAUUAAAGGAUUCACUAAUGUUACUCCAUUUAGCGUCGAAGCUCUUAAGAUAGCCGUAGUUAAUCAUGGUCCACUAUCAGUUUCUAUUGAUGUUGGCUCAACUGAACUUUUACAUUCAUACAAUGGCGGAAUUUUCUACGACCCGGGAUGUAAACCAAAAAGUUUAGACCACGAAGUUACACUGGUUGGUUAUGGCGAAGUUGACGGUGACUCCUAUUGGAUCGUCAAGAACUCGUGGGGCCGUGAUUGGGGUAUAGACGGUUACUUCCACAUCUCCACUCGCGACCACGCAUGCGGUCUCACUACAGAACCUACCUAUGUUGUAAUGUAAACCUAAGAACGUCUCAAAAAAAUGCAACUCGACCGACAUAUUCUUACUCUAUCAUCUUUAAACAAAAACGUUUAUAUUAUGGUAAUAAUGUAUUUAUAUUUUGUAUAUAUUAAUACGUGAAGCAAAAACUUCGUACCUACCCCUUUUUACGUACAUUGCGCGGAUGGAAUGCUAAUACUUUUUUAUAUUAUGCUUAAAACAUACAUUAAAUCAAUAAUAAAAACAUUACACACACUAUUAUGUGUUUGACACAUAAACGCAUAUAUAUAUACUCUUUUUAAUUCUUUUUGGAUUAUAACUUGUUUCAAAAGAACAGGCUGAUUGACAGUGUAGCCAAGGUGAAAUCUGUCAUUAUAGAAGAACAGUCUUUGACACUAGAAACGUAAUAAUGUUCAAAUUUAUAGUUUAAAUUAAUUGCGACGAAAUGUCGACCAGUAAGCGACCGAUAGUAUCUUGUAUUUAUUAAAGCUAUAUUGUUGGCACCUCCCUUAUUGUUCCUUUCUAUGUAAGUUUAAAAAUUAAAGGAAUUGACACUUCUUGAAAUGAUUUAGAUAUCGGAAAUUACAGCACAAAGUACAAAUGAUCCGAAUAUCAUACUCGUAACGAGUAAAUGCCCUAUAGAGUCGUGAAAGAUACUCAACACCUUUCGAUUUUCUUUAACCACCAAGUAACAAGGUGCUUUACUUUCUUGUAUGUGUUUGGAAUUUUCAAGUCCUGAAAAUUAACCAUGAAUCCUUUUUUGUUGGUACUUAGAACAAUAUUAUGUUGGUAUCCACCAAUCCGCACUAGGCCAGCGUGGUGGACUACUUAACCCCUUCUCAUUGUGGGGGGAGACCCGUGCCCUCUAGUAGGCCGGUAAUGGGUUGAUGAUGAUUGUUUUCGUUCGGCAUUUUCGUAUUUCUACGACGACUUAACAAAAACACGAAUAAACGUUUACACAAAAUAAAAUAUAUAGUAUAUGUACUAUAUUUUAUGUUAUGACGUACGUACACAACAUGUUAGACCGUUUAUUUAGCUUAUUUAGGUAUUUUUAGUCUCCAUUUAUUGAAUUAAUAUUUUUACUGAUGCGCAAUGUUUUCUUGUUAUAUUAUUUAGUUUUCUUUAUUAUUAAUAGCAUAAGAUUGCACGUGGAAUUUAUUUGUUGGGAUUAUUUACGCUA